AUGCCCUACCUCCAACCAGACCCAGACCCCGAACCCACCAGCCAACCAACCAACGCCUUCGACCAACUAGUCCAAGAUCUAAGUGCAGCCCUGGGUCCGAGCUCGGGUCUGGACUCCGACGAUGUCGACCCGCUCAACAUCCAGCGUCUAAUGGACCAGUAUACCUCCAACCCGGAAGAAUGGCAGCCGUUCGCGCUGUCCGAUCUCAGCAAAUCCUACACGAGGAAUCUGAUCGACGAAGGCAACGGCAAAAGCAAUCUGCUUAUCCUAGUAUGGAGUCCUGGGAAAGGAAGCGCGAUCCAUGAUCAUGCGAAUGCGCAUUGUGUUAUGAAGGUAUUCCUUUACCCUUUCUUGCUUGUUUCUCGCUCGUCGUCUUGGCCAAGGGAAGGUUGGUGGGGGUGUGUUGGGCUAAUCCAAGCGCACUAG